AAAGAAGAAAGUCGCCAUGGCAAGAAAAGUUUGGCAUCGGCUUGAAAAAAGAAACUUGCCAUGGGCAUGUAAGUGAAUUUGCCGUGGGACAUCUUGAUGAAGUUUGAAAUCAUCUUGAAAAAAGAAACUGCCAUAGCAAGAAAAACUUUGACAUCAGCUUGAAAAGAGAAACUUGCCAUGGCAAGAAAAGUUUGACAUCGGCUUGAAAAAACCAAACUUGCCAUGGGCAUGUUUGUGAAUUUGUUAUGGGAGGUCUAGUGAAUUUGCCAUGGCAAAUUCACUGAAAAAAUUGCCAUGGUAAGAAAAGUUUGACAUUGCCCUGUAAAAUUGCCAUGAUGAUCUACUAAAAAUUUGCCAUCGUCUUGGAAAUUAAAGUUAAUUUGACAUGCAAAUACAUGAAACUAUAAUUUGCCAUGGUGUAUAAACUAAAUUUGUAGUUGUCAAUUACUAAAUUUACCAUGAUCAAAAUGGAAAUAAAAUUGCCAUGCUUAAUUAACGAGAAAAUAAAAUUUGCUAUGAUUUGUUAACUAAAUUUGCCAUGGUCAAAAUACUAAAAUAACCAUGACCAAUGAAAUAAAUUUGCUAGGGUUAAUAAAAAUGAAAUUUACCAACUUCAUCAGUAGUAGCAUCGAUCUACAAAGGAAUAAAGUGCGAACCAGAUUACUUAGAUGAGUUUCAGAGUCAUGCAUAGCCAUCAAUUAUACCAUGAACCCACACAAACAUCAGUUGACAAAACAUAUUGCAUCUAGAAUCCUGCGACACUAGCAAUAACAAAAUGAAACAUCUUCUAUUGGUACCUGUCACAGUCUAUGGUGCCCUUAGCAUUGAACCUGAACCCCAGCGCAAGAUCCUGCUCACCAACCAAGCCCAUCAGACCCCAGCGCAAGAUCCUGCUCACCGCCUAUCAGACCCCCCGCACACGAGAGCAUCAGACCAGCUGGCCGCGCACAAGCUGCUCGACGAAUUGCACCCAGGAGAGGAGGGCGGGCCUGGUAGAGGCGGGCGAAGACGGCAUCCUGGUGCAGGAGGCGACAGUCGGUGGAUUGGGUGCACGACACGGCCGCCUCGAGCUCCCUGGUGGCGCAGCGACUUGCUUGCACAGAAGAUGAUGCAAGACCGCGCGCGCAGUGCGCCUCCACGCGCUCGAUCCAGCCGCCGCAUGCUCGGCUCCCUCGUCGUCGCCACCGCCGCCGCCGACCUUGAGGAGGAUCGUCGAAGAGUUGGAGAGGGGGACGGGGCGUGGCAAAGGUUGCUUGCCACCAGCGUCCAUGGCCUCCACCCGCAAAAUCCAGAGCUCCCCCGUCGAUGGACGGAGGCGGGGAACGACGGGGCAAGCGGAAGCGGGCUGCACGGGCCGCCGGAACUGGCCAUAGAGGGCGUGGCAGGCCUGACCACAAUCAAGCUUGACCUCGAAGUGAGCCUGCGAGAUCCCAUGGAGGGAGAUUCACUCUUCGCCGACGAGAGGACGCCGUCGGGGAGGACUCCAUCGCGUCUCCCCGUCGCGGAUGCGUCCAUGCCGCUGUCCCAGGCAGCUCAUCGCCGGGCCUCCACCUCCACUCUCCUCCGCAGCGCACGCCGGGAAACUCCGGAAUCGCCGCUGCCUCCGCCCAUGGAGAGCCGCAGGAUCGCUCGGGAUUUUGCUCGGUGGGAGUGUGGGGAAUGGAUGAGGUGAAGGAGACAGUGUAGUGGGCCAGUGAAAAAGAAAGAGCGUUCCGGAGACUUCACCCUCGUCCCGAACGAGCCGCUGGGAUGACGUGGCCAGCCAGGAGCGUCAAGAUGUGUGCGUUUCGAUCCAAUGGCAAUGAGCACGUUCGGGACGAGAAGCUAAAACGUGGCAUGUCCGGGAUUUAUUGAUUCCGAAAAAAAAAACCCAGCGCUUGCGGCCGAUGCGGAGCGCAGCGGAUUAGUGCGGAGCGCAGCCGAUCGGACUCCUAUUUCGCCAACGUACUUGCACCGGCACCCCUUUCCAUCGCUGCGUACGGGCCACGGCAGCGGCCGAUAAUGGCGGCGAUUGAAGCUCAUCCGUCGACUUCCUGUAACCGUCGUUGUACUGAAUGUACCUCUUGAAUCCUCCAUAUAAUCUGCUUCUCUGCGUCUCAUUGGUGGAUUUGCUCUUUUUGGACUGAACAUCUUAGGAGCGUGCUGCCGUGCCUGGUCUCCGUUUGUAAGAAUGUCUUCCGUCCGGGAAGAGCCAAAGUACUCAUGAAGAAAAUAGUCAGAGCAGAGAACACAACUUUAGUUAGGAGUAGCCUACCAUCACAAGACAGUAGGCUGGAGCAUCCACUCAAUCUUCUUUCAUUUUUUUGGCAUAUGGGAUUGAAAUCUUCCAAUUUCAGUCUGUGGUGCACAUUCAUUUUUCAUGCCAUGUAGUGGAUUAUUUUGGAGCUUCCAUAGUUCAUAUAUGCCACAGGGGGUAAUUUCAUCGGGUUAUCCCUUUUCUUGCUUGUAUUGUGUAAAGUAAGGAAGGAGCUUUAUGAGAGCAUUGGAUUUUGAGCUGUACACAUA